GUUGACAGAGCAAGACCCUGUCUCAAAAAAAAAAAAAAAAAAAAAAAAGUCUUAAGAGAUACUGUCAAAUUGCCCUGUAAAUGUGUAAAAAUUAUAAUUUUUCUGCUUUUACUACCACCAGAUGUUACUAAUCUUAACAGUUAACUGUUUUGAUAGUAAAAAAUUGACAUUAUUUUAAAUGGCAUUUCUUUAUUAGUGAACUUGAAUAACCAAAUGUUUGCCACUUCAGUUUGACUAAUACAUAUUUUAGUGUGUGUAACCUACACUUUUAAAUGUUUUUUGAAAUAGUUGCAGAUAUAUAGAAAAGUUACAAGUAUAUUAUGAAGAAUUUUUUUCCCUGAAUCAUUUAAGUUGCCAAAAAAAGUUGCCACAUUGCCCUAAAUACUGUUUCCUACAAACAAGAACAUUCUCCUACAUAUCCAUAACAAAAUCAUCAAAUUCAGUAUAUCACUACAUUCAAGUCGGUUAUAUUGCUGUAUACCAAACCACCCCAAACUUAGUGGAGUAAGACAUUUUAUUUAGAAAGCUCAUUAGUUCUGUGGGUCAGUUCUAUUCAGACAGAGGACGGAGAUGGUUUGUUUCUGGUCCACAGUGUCUGGGGCCUCAUCUGGGAAGACUUAAAGGCAGGGGGUGACUUGACAGCUAGGGGCUAGAAUCCUCAAGAGGCAUCUUCACUCCCAUGCUGAUGGUUGCUAUGGACCAUCUCCACAUGGUGUCUCUGUGGGCUAGUUGGCACUUCUACAAACAUGGUAUCUGGAUUCUGAGCAUGAUCAUCCUGAGAGGAAAAUUUCAAAAAUGUUUCAAAUUCCUGUGGAAAAUCUUGACAACAUCAGAAAGGUGCGAAAAAAGGUGAAAGGUAUUCUUGUGGAUAUUGGGCUUGACAGCUGCAAGCAGUUACUGAAGGACCUUAAAGGCUUUGAUCCGGGAGAGAAAUACUUUUAUAACACGUCAUGGGGAGAUGUUUCUCUCUGGGAACCUUCUGGAAAGAAACUGAGAUAUCGAACAAAGCCAUACUGUUGUGGCCUCUGUAAAUACUCUACAAAGGUGCUUACUUCAUUCAAAAAUCAUUUACAUCGCUACCAUGAAGAUGAAAUUGACCAAGAGCUAGUGAUCCCUUGCCCAAACUGUGUAUUUGCAUCUCAGCCCAAAGUUGUGGGAAGGCACUUCAGAAUGUUCCAUGCGCCUGUCCGGAAAGUCCAGAACUACACAGUGAACAUUUUAGGUGAAACUAAGUCAUCUAGGAGUGAUGUGAUAAGUUUCACAUGUCUAAAAUGUAACUUUUCAAACACUUUGUACUACAGCAUGAAGAAGCAUGUGCUGGUCGCCCAUUUUCACUACUUAAUUAACUCCUACUUUGGCCUGCGAACUGAGGAAAUGGGUGAGCAACCGAAAACUGAUGAUACUCUUUCUGUAGAGAAGAUCCCACCACCUGACAAAUACUACUGUAAAAAGUGCAACGCCAAUGCCAGCAGCCAGGAUGCAUUAAUGUAUCACAUUUUGACAUCAGACAUACACAGAGAUUUGGAGAAUAAGCUUAGAUCUGUGAUUUCAGAACAUAUUAAGAGGACUGGACUCUUGAAGCAAACACACAUUGCUCCAAAACCAGCAGCACAUUUGGCUGCAGCAGCAAAUGGCAGUGCUCCAAGCACUCCAGCUCCGCCUCCUUGCUUUCAUCUUGCUUUGCCACAGAACAGUCCAAGCCCAGCCUCCGGGCAGCCAGUGACUGUGGCCCAGGGUGCCCCUGGAAGCCUCACUCAUUCCCCGCCUGCUGCUGGCCAAUCUCACAUGACCCUGGUCUCCAGUCCUCUGCCCGUGGGCCAGAACAGCCUCACCCUGCAGCCCCCAGCACCUCAGCCUGUCUUUCUUUCUCACGGGGUCCCACUUCAUCAGCCUGUGAAUCCUCCUGUGUUGCCCUUGAGUCAGCCAGUUGGACCUAUCAAUAAGUCUGUUGGAACUAGUGUCCUCCCCAUAAAUCAGACUGUCCGCCCUGGGGUUUUACCCCUUGCCCAGCCUGUGGGGCCCAUAAACAGACCUGUUGGGCCUGGUGUUCUUCCUGUGAGUCCCUCUGUCCCCCCUGGGGUCCUGCAGGCUGUCUCACCAGGGGUGAUUUCUGUGAGUCGGGCGGUCCCGUCUGGGGUCCUUCCUGCAGGCCAGAUGACUCCUGCAGGGGUUAUCCCUGGGCAGACAGCAACUUCUGGGGUUCUUCCUCCUGGCCAGAUGGUCCAAUCAGGGGUGCUCCCUGUUGGCCAGACAGCUCCAUCACGGGUUCUUCCCCCUGGCCAGACAGCCCCAUUGAGGGUUCUUGCUGCAGGCCAGGUGGUCCCAUCUGGGCUUCUUUCUCCCAACCAGUCAGUUUCCUCCUCAGCUGUUGUGCCUGUAAACCAGGGUGUGAAUUCUGGGGUUCUUCAGCUUAGUCAGCCUGUCAUGUCAGGAGUUCUUCCUAUGGGCCAGCCAGUGAGGCCUGGGGUUCUGCAACUCAACCAGACUGUCAGCACCAACAUUCUGCCUGUGAACCAGCCAGUGAGACCUGGCGCUUCACAGAACACCGCUUUCCUAACAUCAGGCUCUAUUCUUAGACAGCUUAUCCCUACAGGGAAACAAGUGAAUGGGAUUCCGACCUACACGCUGGCCCCCGUGUCUGUCACUCUGCCGGUUCCCCCUGGCGGCCUUGCAACUGUGGCUCCGCCCCAGAUGCCCAUCCAGCUCCUGCCGUCAGGCACCGCUGCACCAAUGGCCAGUUCCAUGCCUGGCAUGCCCUCUCCUCCAGUGCUGGUGAAUGCUGCUCAGAGUGUGUUUGUUCAGGCUUCCUCGUCUGCAGCAGACACAAACCAGGCGCUGAAACAGGCCAAGCAGUGGAAGACCUGCCCUGUCUGCAACGAGCUCUUUCCAUCCAAUGUCUACCAGGUCCACAUGGAGGUGGCACAUAAGCACAGCGAGUCCAAAUCUGGUGAGAAACUUGAGCCUGAAAAACUGGCAGCAUGUGCACCAUUUCUAAAGUGGAUGAGAGAGAAAACGGUGCGAUGUCUGUCUUGUAAAUGCUUGGUCUCUGAGGACGAGCUUAUACACCACUUGCUGAUGCAUGGCUUGGGGUGCUUGUUCUGUCCAUGUACCUUCCAUGAUAUCAAAGGUCUUUCAGAGCACAGCAGGAAUAGGCACUUGGGGAAGAAGAAGUUACCCAUGGAUUAUAGCAACAGAGGUUUUCAGUUAGAUGUUGACGCCAAUGGCAACCUGCUCUUUCCCCACCUUGAUUUCAUUACCAUAUUGCCAAAGGAGAAGCUUGGGGAGCGGGAAGUCUACUUGGCAAUCCUGGCUGGGAUACACUCCAAGUCACUGGUGCCUGUGUAUGUGAAGGUGAGGCCUCAGGCUGAGGGCACUCCUGGGAGCACUGGCAAGCGAGUGUCCACCUGCCCCUUUUGCUUUGGCCCCUUUGUGACAACUGAGGCCUACGAGCUGCAUUUGAAGGAGAGGCACCACAUCAUGCCCACAGUCCACACGGUCCUGAAGUCUCCCGCCUUCAAGUGCAUCCACUGCUGUGGGGUCUACACUGGAAACAUGACCCUGGCUGCCAUUGCUGUCCAUUUGGUGCGCUGCAGAAGUGCUCCUAAGGACAGCAGCUCAGACCUUCAAGUCCAGCCAGAUUUUAUUCAGAACAGUGAACUACUUUUAGUCAAUGGUGAAGUGAUACAUGAUUCCAGUUUUUCUGUUAAGAGAAAACUGCCUGAUGGCCACUUAGGGGCUGAAGACCAGAGGCACAGGGAGGAGCAGCCUCCCAUCCUAAAUGCUGAUGCAGCCCCAGGUCCAGAAAAGAUGACGAGUGUUGUGCCUUUUAAAAGACAAAGGAAUGAAAGCAGAACCGAGGGACCGAUUGUCAAGGAUGAGGCUCUUCAGAUUUUAGCAUUAGACCCUAAAAAAUAUGAAGGCCGUUCUUAUGAGGAAAAGAAACAAUUUCUUAAAGAUUAUUUCCAUAAGAAACCAUAUCCUAGUAAAAAGGAAAUGGAACUGUUAUCCUCACUCUUUUGGGUGUGGAAAAUUGAUGUGGCUUCAUUUUUUGGAAAAAGAAGGUACAUUUGCAUGAAAGCAAUAAAAAAUCACAAGCCUUCUGUACUUUUAGGCUUUGAUAUGUCUGAACUUAAAAAUGUUAAACACAGAUUGAACUUUGAGUAUGAACCAUAAAACUUGUAAAAAAAAAAAAAAAGUAACUCUAAAGUAGUAGAUAGAUUUUCUUCAGUUGAAAUUUCACAGUGUUUUCCUCACUGUGUUGGUGAAUCAACCUCAGUGGUUGCUGUGCUGCUCUGCAGAGUUAUUUCAGGUGCUGGAGAGACCCCUAUUACCAGGAAUCUAGUAGUUAUUUCACAUUUAUUGUUUCCUGCAGUUUGAUUUGUAACAGUUGUUUUCAGGUUUUUUUCUCUGUCGUGUAAAUGAAAUUUUUUGAUAUUUUAUGCACGCCUUGUUUUCCCAGUAGUGUCAGUGUCAUAUGAUAAGAAAUUGAAAUCUAUAAAUAAUUUUUUUUUUCAUUUAAGGAAAUUUCAGCCUUUUUCAGAAUACUUGAUUUAACUGCAAGUGGAAGCAUCAAUCUCCUUCAGCUUUCUCUGUAGCAGCAGAUGAUACAGUGAGUGUUCAGAGAUGUGGGUACAAAUCCCUGUGAUGUAUAAGGCUCUUUGAGGAUGCAUUGCAUUAACUUACACUGAUUUCUUUGUCAAAUCUUUGCUUAUAGAUUAUAAUUUUGCUCUAUAUUUUUUUAGGCUUGUCCUAAUAGCUGCCUUUUUUUUCUUUUAACCGUAACUCAUAGAAAAUCAAAUGUUUUUAUUUGUUAAAAAUAGACUGAAUCUGACAUCUGGUAUGCUGGUAUGUAGCUCAUAAAUUCAAGAGUUAUUUUACAAAGUUAUUCUGUAGAUGCAGAAAUAUUUUUCAGUGUAGAUUUUCCCCUUCUUUUGAUAUGCUAGUAAGUCAUUUCUCCAUUCAGAGGUAAAACAAUAAAUUUUUAGUGCCUUUAGAAUAAACAUUGAAAAAAUACACCCAAAAACUCUUCUCCUAACCUAACUACUCAUAAACUAGUGAAAGGGAAGGACUGUGAUACUCAGGAAUAAAAUUAUUGCCCCUGAGUAUGGAUAUUAACUUCAAUUGUAGCAUAGAUUUUCAGGGGACAUGGCGAAGUUUGCAGACUGAGAUCUAAGUCUCCAUGGUUGGUACAGUAAGUCUUUGACCACGUUUUCUGAAGGUCAUGUUUGGUAGGGAAAUGGGCUUUUCUCUGUCUGGUUCAGGCAGGAAGCUGUGUCUGGGUGGAUGAGAUAGCAUAUUGUUAAAGAAUCUCCAUUGUUGUCACUGUCCUGUGGAUGGUAAACCUCGUUUUUCCCCCACACGAUAUAAAAAAGACUUAAAGCACCAGAACCAGUCAUGGAGACGAGCCAGUUUAGACCGUAAGUCAUAUUUCUGGUGAUAUACAGCAGAGGAAUCCCUUUACUUUAGGUAGAAAUAUUUGGAGGAUGUGACAGCCUCUCAGAAACAUGAUGUUACGAUGUGGAUUUUAAAAAAUAUAAUACUUGCAUGUAAUUGCUAUACUGUGCACAUUUGAGGCAGUUGUGAAACUGGUCUGUGAUUGUUGGUGUACUCUGUUGUAAAUUCAAAGAGAGCUUGUUGAACUUUAUUAUUUUUUUUUACCUGUUGUUUUCAGAGUGUCUAUUUUGAAUUAAAGUUUGUUACACCAUUGCAAA